AGCUGAUUGGAUUUGUUAGAGGAUGUUGUCUCGCUUACUCUUUGGACUAAUUAUUAUUUGAUGAGCGUACAAAUGCCUACUUUUUAAAGCAUUUUCUAAUAAAUCUUAAUAAUGGGGAAUCCAUUUUAUAUGGUUUGGUAGUUAUUUGAAUGCUCCAAAAUGGAAAACUUUCCAAACUACUUCAAUGCAAAUGGUUCAGUUUUAGCUAAUGGAAAGACUAACUCACAUCAUAAAAGCGAUGUCUGUAUUAAUGACAGAUUACCCAAGGAAUUAAUUAUCAGGGUGUUUUCCUACCUAGAUAUCACUACUUUAUGCAAAUGCUCGCAAGUCUGUAAAUUUUGGUAUGAAUGUGCUUUCGAUGGAAGUAACUGGAAAAGCAUCAACUUGUUCGACUUCCAGCGGUAUGUACAGCCAAAAGUAGUUGAAAAGAUCGCUCAAAGAAGUCGUGGUUUUCUGCGUGAUUUAAGGCUAAAGGGUUGUAGAAAUGUGACUGAUGAAGCCUUACAAUGCUUUACACAACUUUGUCAUAUGAUUGAAAGUUUGGAUUUAUCAGGAUGUCAGAAUUUAACAAAUGGGACUUGUGAUUAUCUGGGGAAAAAUUGUUCUCUUCUGACCACACUGUCUCUGGAAAGUUGCUCUCGCAUUGAUGAUACUGGAUUAGAAAUGUUAAGUUGGUGCACAAACCUAACAUGCUUGGAUGUAUCCUGGUGUAGUGUUGGCGAUCGUGGAUUAACUGCUAUUGCUCGAGGCUGUAAAGGUUUACAACGUUUCCGUGCUAUCGGCUGUCAAGAGAUAACCAGUCGUGGUGUGGAACAGUUAGCACGUCAUUGUCAUGGCCUAUUAUUGUUAAAUUUAAAUUACUGUGGACAGGGUGUCACAGAUGAAGCAAUGGUUCACCUUUCUGUUGGUUGUCCCGACUUACGUGUCCUAGCUAUAUCCCAUUGUUCAAUAACUGACCAGGGUCUUCGGGCAAUAGCCGGUACACUCUCGCCUGCUGCAGCAGCUGCUAUUGUUGGACAGGCAUCAUCCGCUAGUCAACAAAAUGGUAUCCCAUUGAUUCUUCCUGUAACAAGUAAUGGAAAUGUUGUCAGUCAUCAAGAUUCCUCGGCUAAUAAUAAUAAUAAUACUGAGGAUAAUCAAGGCGAUCGAAUGCCCAGUGUAAAUAGACGUCAAAAAACUAAUGAUGCUAGCAAAACAACGCUAGUCCCUGUUGGUUGUGUUCAUUUAACAACGCUGGAAGUUGCCCGAUGCUCAGCUAUUACAGAUAUUGGACUGUCUGCUAUCGCUCGAGUAUGCAAUAAACUGGAGAAGUUAGACUUAGAAGACUGUGCAUUAGUAACCGAUUCCACGUUAGCCCAGUUAGCUGUCCAUUGUCCCCGGCUGAAUACACUUGUCUUAUCCCAUUGUGAUCAAGUCACAGAUGAAGGUAUUGCUCGACUAGCUGAAGGUCUCUGUGGUUCUGAUCAAUUACAAACCCUGGCUAUGGAUAAUUGUCCUCUAUUAACUGAUGCUGCAUUAGAGCAUUUAGGCAGUAAUUGUCGAAAAUUAAAACAACUUGAUUUAUAUGAUUGUCAGUUAAUUACUAAACAAGGAAUUAACAGUUUAGAGUUACACUACCCUCAACUUCAAAUCCAUGCAUAUUUUGCUCCCGGGACUCCACCUGCAUUAACAUUUGCCAGACGACGUCGAUACUGUCGAUGUUGUCGUAUCAUUUAAAAAAAACGAAGACAAGACAAAACAAAACGAAUAACAAGAAAAUAUGUGAUCUGUUUUCAUCAAUUCAUUCAUUUUUUUUUCUCUUUUGGUUACAUAAUAUUUAUUUAUUUAUUGAUUUGUUUAUUGAUUUAUUGAUUUUGUUUCUCUUUGUUGUGUUAUUGUUUGUUUCUGUUGCUUUUCGAGUUUUCUUCUGUUGUUUGUUUGUUUCUUUCUGUGUGUGUCUACAUCAUCAAUUGUGAACUCCUUUCUCCUCAGGUGAGCGAGGUGUACUAGGCCCUCAACCUCCCCCACCUCCGUGAUCUUACUUACUGUUCUCUUAAAAGAAGAAAUAAUACCUGUGUGUAUGUAUAUGACAGUAAUAUAUGUGUACAGUGUUUCAAUGAAAUCAGACAAGGAAGCAAGAACUACACAACAGUGAACAACAGUACGAAGAAGAAGAAGAUAUAUCUAUCUAUCGUCGUCCAGUCUUUCUGUUUUGUUACUUGGACUUCUUUUAUUUAUUUCACACACACAUCCGCCCCCCCUGGCUCCAAUCCCUCCACGACCGUUUUUUUACUGCUUCUGUUGUCAUUUUUAUAUGUAUACAACAUUGUGAUCAACCUUCAUCAUCAUCACCACUAUAUGCUACUAUGUACCAUGUUUAUAGAUAAUAUAUCACUAAUUAAUUACCGUCUCCUCGCCCCACCCUGCCCCGCCCGUUCAUAUACAUAUAUCCCGGUCAUUGACCUAUGCGUUUAUCAAACAUAUAUAUAUAUAUAUAUAUAUAUAUAUAUAUAUAUAAUCCUGAGUCUAAAGGGCAAAAGGCAGGACUUCACCGAGUUUGUUAGUUGUUUUUUUUUAACCAUCCUUGUGCUUUUCUAUUUUAUUUUAUUUUUUCUUGUCUGUAUUUUGAGUGAGUAUAUAUGAACGCAAGCCGCCGCCUCCUCAGCUGAAAGAACAAAUAACUGUGAGAUGUUUAUUAUCAUUAUUAUUGUGUGUAUGUGUGUACUGCUAGGCUAGGCAGUAGAAUUUGUUCUUCUUCAUAGCGUCUUCGUGUUGUUGUUAUCUUCUAAAAGACUCCUCUAUACAACGUAUAAAUAUUUAUACAAUAAAUGAUGAAUAGGCAUACAAUCAAUCGUAAACAACAACAACCCACCCCCCCCCCGCUUUUAUACCGCUAUUCUGCAAUACUGUGCGUGUGUGUGUGUUUGGUGGGGGGGGGGGGCAAGUUUCUUCAUCGAAAAAAGAACAAUUGACACUCACAUAUGUGUAUUUGUAUAAUUCUCAGACAUCAACUCUUUGUUUUGUAUUUUUUUCCGAAUUUUCUGGCAAAAUAUGGCUUCGCUUUUUACCUCUCUUCUUCUCGUCCUCCUCUGUCUCAUUGAGGUAAAUAAAAACUGAUAGAGAAGAGCAUCGCCGUCGAUAUCACUUCUACACACACAAACAAACAUGGAUACAAUGACUUCUUUGUCUCCUUUAUUAUGAUUAUUAUUAUUAUUGUUUAUUAUGUUUGUUGAUGUCGUUGUUGUUGGUUGUCUCGUCUAGGUUUCUCUGAGACUUGUAUUUUGUUUUGGUUGUCCCUCUCCAUGUAUGUGUUUGUGUGUGGUGUUCAAUGUAUGUAUGUAUCGAUUUCUCGCUUUUUUGUUUUGUUUCAGUCUGUUCGUUUGUCCGCUUGUUUGUUUGUUUGCGUGUUUGUGUGUGUGUGCUGGUGCGCAGAUGUUUUCAUGGUUAAUUGUGCAUGAAUAUAUCUAGUUCUUUGUUCGUGCGUGUGUGUGUGUGUGAACGCUUGACUGUUGUUCUGUCCUGUCCUGAUCUCUUUUUUCAAUAAUCAUGGAUAAACAAUGUAAAAAAAUCGAUGUAAAGCAGCGUAGAUAUAUGUGGGGAAGGUGUUGUCAAAGUCGAGAAUAGGAUUGGCGGUUGUCGUCGUAGUGGUAGUAGUAGUAGCACGCACAACUCACUGAUUGACUGACUGACUGGCACUACAUGCGCACAUAAACACACACACACUCAUAGAGAGAUAGACAGCUAUUGUAUUGCUUUCUAUUGGUUUCCUACACAUAAUAAUAUACAUACAUAUAAAUACAUUAUUAUUAUUAUCUAUAAAGCGCGCUGAUGUGGGACGUAUUCAUUAUAAUAAUCUUGUACAUUAUUAUUAUUAUUAAUUAUUAUUGAUAAUUGUUAUUAUUCUUCUUCCGGAAAAAUAG